UUCCUCUCUCUCAGACAUAGACAGAUUCCAAAAAAAACCUGCACAACCUGUAACAGUAAGAAUUGAUGUAUGGAGAGACUCUGUGAGGAUCUUGUCACCAACAUCCUUUUAUGUUUGCCAGCCAAAUCUGCUGUCCGAUUUAGAUGUCUGAGCAAGUACUACGAUCAACUUGUGUCUGAUCCUAGGUUUGCUACCAGUCAUGCUCUUCGAUCAAACCCUGAUGAGGUACUUGGUCUUCUUCGGUUUACAGCAGGUAGGAGUGCAGAUAAGAUACUCUUCUGUUCUUUUCAUUCAAAACCAAAUAUCCACAAUAAUCCUAAAGUUGUUCCCAUAAAUUCUCAGAUCAUCGCUUCUUGCAAUGGCCUUGUUCUAGGUCUCUCUGAUUCUAGUCUUUCUGUUUGUAACCCUAUUUUACCUGAUAGAAUCCAGACUAUACCAGCACUUGAAACCCCAUAUGGUGCUAAAUGUGAUUUAGGUUUGGCUUAUGACCCAAUUGGUUUCUCUUCGCUUGAAUUCAAGUUAGUUCAUGUUUACAGAGAACAGAUCUUGAAUAUGCCACAAGAUGAAGAUGCUUAUGGCUUUAAGAUAUUCGAUUCAAGUGCAAACUCAUGGAGACAAUCUACAUGCAAGCUGUUCUUGAGACAUUUCAUUCCUAUGCAGCCUCAUUUUUAUGAGUUGAGAGGUCAAGCUGUGUACUUGAAUGGACAUGUGCACUGGUUUAGGGCCUUCGGUGAUAUUGUUGCGUUUAAUGUAGAGAAAGAAGAAGCUACACUCAUCGGUAUGCCUCCAGAACUGCGACUAGCAUGGCUUAACUAUUAUUCAUGGUUCGGAGCUGCGGGUGGUUUUCUUUAUGUGGUAUGUGUUUUCAAGAGACAAAUUCUGAUGUGGGUUCUUCUUGAUUAUGAAAACAACAAGUGGGGGCUUGUCAGGAACAAGAUCAAAGGGUUAUCAAGAGUGGCUCAACCUAUUUUCUUUGAUGGUGAGAGGCUUGUUCUGAAUUGUGGGCCAAAAAAGAAAUUAUUGCGGCUGUUCAAUUUGAAACAAGAUCAGUGGACGGAAAUGGGCAGGUUACCAAGGAAUACAAUGGAUGACAGUACUACCGUGUAUGUUCCUUUCAACCCCACCUUAGCUCCUCUGAUCAACAGCAGCGAUCCUUCAAGAACUGCUUCACUCCCAGUCCUUCCGACUGUGAUGCCAAUAAACAACAAGUGCCAGAAAAGAAAACGAGGCAGGGUCGACAGAAAGUAGAGCCAGGAGCAAGAAGGUAUGUUGAGGAUCAAUCCAGAUUCUUCUAGAAUUCCUUAGCUGUUAAGGAAAUAAUGGCUAGUGUGGACAAUUCAGUCGGUGCCAAUGUGGGAAGAAAAAGCAAGUCAUUUACGUAGAAGAAGUAAAAAAUGUGUCCAGCUGUACUACUUGGUAAUUAAGAAUAUGAGCUGUAAGAGAAUAAUUCCCUGGAAAAGUCUAGGCUUCCAGACCUGCUUAACAAGUCUAUAAAUAGCAGGGGCUAGUUUUGUUUUUUGUGUGUUCAGCAACAGAGAAAACAAAAGAAUGUACGUCCAGGCGUGAACAAGAGAUAAGAGAUGAAAGAAAUAAUUGGGCGUGUGACGUGAGGGGGUGAGGAAAAGAGCGAUAUUGAGUGGUGUGAGGAAUAUUAUUAAUAAAAAAAAAGUGUUUAUUGUGGAAGUAUGAAACACCGUACAAGCAUAAUCACUGAUAAAAAUCUAGUGUGUUUUAUUUACCCACCAUCGCCGCCGAUAAUUUUUACACUCAAUAAUUGGUAUCGGAGCCUGACAGUCAAGGUAAUCAUUUCGGAGCUUGACGGUUAAGAAACGGGACUGUGAAGUUCCGAGGCUAAGGACCUAUCAGAGCUGGUGGUCAGCAACCCCGUUAGGGUAUGUUUGGGUGGGAGAUGUGAUAGUUUUUUUUUUUAUUAAAGUAUCAUUUUUUUAAAGCAUAUAUUAUAUUUUUUAAAAAUAAAAAAUACAUGUUUUUUUAUAAAAAAUAUAAUAAUUCUUUUUAAAAAAAUAACCACACCUCCCAUCCAAACACCCCCAGUUACCAGCAAAAGUGCUGAAGUUUAUAGGUCAGUAACCUAUGAGUGCUUGCGGUCAAGGACCGUUAACCUAUUUUGCCGAUCAGGGAUCAGAAUUAUUGGAGGAGACUUUGCUUGACAAAAUACUAUAAAAGAUUCAGGUAGUCAUGGAAAUCUUGAUGGGCAGCAUUAAAGUCUACUUGAAUAGAGUCUUGCUGGGAAGGCCAAGAUCUUUGGGAGAUCGGCGUCCAAGGUAGGGACACCACACCGCCUCAAGAAACAAAUUAUCAAGAGCUGAAGAAAUGGAAGGUUCAAGCAGGAAAAGCAAUGUUUAUUAUCAAAGUUUCAGUAGAGAGGAGGAAGAUAUGAUGGAACACAUCAGGUAUGCAGCGACACCUAAAGCUAUCUGGGUCUAACCUGAUUUUCAUGGCUUCACCACCGCAAUCAGAGGAUGGACUACAGUACUUCAACAAUCUACUGAAGAUAUUUAGAAGCUAAUGAGGAAACUCUAGUCAAACAAAUAGGUGGAGUUCCAUUAAAGGAUGAUGCAAAAGCUCUCUUUCGUGAUCACAAAAAAGUGGAUCAAAAGGUACGAUACUUAAAAAUUCAAAAGAAACAAGAGAAGGUGAUAAUCCAAUGAAGAAGCAUCGAGAAAGCAUAUUUAUUAUUAAAUCUGGUUUAUGGUUGACCCGAACAAGGAGCCGGGUCCAGGGUUUGGGUCAACUGGAUCAAUUCAGGUC